UUCCUAAGGACUCAAAAAUUUUAGAUUUUACAAGAAGAAAUGGUACCGGUGGUGAAAGUAUUUAUGGAGGAUCCUUUACUGAUGAAAAUAUGCGUCGUAAACAUGAUCAAGAAGGUCUCUUGACUAUGGCAAACAAGGGGCCAAAUACUAACAAUUCACAAUUCCUUAUAACUUUAAGGCCUACUCCCCAUUUGGAUGGUAAACAUGUAGUCUUUGGAAGAGUUGUUACUGGAUUUGAAGUCGUCCAAGCAAUUGAAAAUACGCCUGUAGACGAUGAUGAUCGCCCAAUUGGCAUUGCUAUGAUAGCACAGUGUGGUGAAUUGGAAUUGAAAAUUCCUCCGAACGUAAAAAUUAGAGAUAAAACCAAGCAAAAACACGUUGAGAAAAAAGAUUCAUCUGAAUCCUCACCUGAAUCUGGCUUUGGCUCACAGAAAAAGAAGCGCAAAAAACCUUCAAAGAGAACCAGAUCAGAGUCUUCUGACCUGUCAAGUGAAUCUAGCAGCGAAUCUGAGGAUGAACGUCACAAAAGCCAAGAUAAAAGCCGAGACAAGAGCCGAGAUAAAAGCCGUGAUAAAAGCCGUGGUCGUGAUGAUAGUCGUGAUCAAAGUCCAGUCCAAGAUCAAAAUCGAAGCCCGAUUCGGAAUAGUAAUCGUGAACGAGAUCGUUCCAGGUCUAAGUCUCCAUCCCCGCCAGUCAAAUACAAAGGCAGAGGAAGAUUGAAAUACUUCUCCACUUUGACUGCUUGGUAUUGA